AUGUCCCCGAAAGAUCUGCAAACGGAAUUGGAGCGAUUGGCUCGUAGCUCACGGGAACAGUUGGAAGCAAGUAAACAAAUCAAACAGACCACACCGGAACCCGACCCUGCUACGGCGGCCGCUCCGUCCGUAGCUUCGGAACCCGAUUCUUCGACCAGUCAAGCUAAAGCCUCUCCGGAAAAGAAAUUAUCGACCCCUCGAGCUAGCCCAGCAAAACAAGUGACUCCAGGCAGUCCGAAAAGUCCGGGACCGACGGCAAAGGCUUCCCCGAAAUCUUCACCCAAGCAACAAAGCCCAGCUAAAUAG